AUGCCCCGCCACCGCGAAUUGAUUUGGAUUGAGACGGUCAUUGCCGAGGCUUUCGACAAUUUGGGCACGAUCGCAUCCCGUCCAAUCCGCAACACGCCAUUCGAACACUGGCUGCUAGAUCGCGAGGGUCAAAUCGGCACAUUCUUCUUUACUCUCAUAGCCGGUUCGCUCGUCUGGCUCAUUUUCUUGGAGUACUCACUGCGCAACUCUUCUAAACUCGCCGCGCUUGCAGCGUCCGCCCGUCGGGCUGAGGCUGAUGCUGAGGUCGAUACCGACGAUCACAUCGCUCAUGAUGAUAACACCUCUUCCCCAUCAAGUACCGGAGACAUGCCCAUCAUGAAGAAGCUAGCUCCACCUGGUCACCUGCCUACCAACGCUCAGCUCAACAUCUCGCCAUUCCAACUCUCUCGCAACCUCGCCGAUCCUCCUACCCUGGCCUACCCUACGCUUCCAAAGUUCAACGAGACGCCUGAAGACUAUGACUUUUGCGCUAACGACGAUGAGGCCUCGCCGUCUUCACAGCCUCAGGGUCGCAACUUUACUAGGAUUGCUACGGAGGCUCCGACUAGCUUUGGGUCGCUGAGGGAGAGGGGAAUGUUGGAUAGAGACGGGACGCCUACGAGGAAGUAUCGGUUGCAUCAGCUCUUGGGGGAGGACGGAGCCUGA